UCCUUGCAUCCCUUCUGCCUUGAGAGCAGAACACUUUCCGGUUUUAAGACUCACCUUGGAAAGAAAGCCUGCGUCCCAGGGGAGUAGGAGAGGGUCUUCAGGGGGCAGAGACCGCAGCUACCUGCCAGUUGGGCCCCCCACCCGAGGAGCGCUCGCUUUCGCUCCCCCGUUUCUCCCCCGCCCCCACCUCCUUGGUGCUGGUUUGCAGCGGCUCCUGCGCCUUCGCGUGUGAAUCUGGCUCGCCCCUCCGUAUUAUGUCUGCACUCCGAAGGAAAUUUGGUGACCGGUUAGUGCCCCCCUCGUCCAGCGGCUCGGGCUUGCAGCCCCAGGGGCCCGGGCAGGGCCCGCAGCAGCUUGUGCCUAAGAAGAAGCGACAGCGGUUCGUGGACAAGAACGGCCGGUGCAAUGUGCAGCACGGCAACCUGGGCAGCGAGACCAGCCGCUACCUCUCGGACCUCUUCACCACGCUGGUGGACCUCAAGUGGCGCUGGAACCUCUUCAUCUUCAUCCUCACCUACACUGUGGCCUGGCUCUUCAUGGCGUCCAUGUGGUGGGUGAUCGCCUACACCCGGGGCGACCUGAACAAAGCCCACGUCGGCAACUACACGCCCUGCGUGGCCAACGUCUAUAACUUCCCCUCUGCCUUCCUCUUCUUCAUCGAGACCGAGGCCACCAUCGGCUAUGGCUACCGAUACAUCACCGACAAGUGCCCCGAGGGCAUCAUCCUUUUCCUCUUCCAAUCUAUCCUCGGCUCCAUCGUGGACGCCUUCCUCAUCGGCUGCAUGUUCAUCAAGAUGUCCCAGCCCAAGAAGCGCGCCGAGACCCUCAUGUUUAGCGAGCACGCGGUGAUCUCCAUGAGGGACGGAAAACUCACGCUCAUGUUCCGGGUGGGCAACCUGCGCAACAGCCACAUGGUCUCGGCGCAGAUCCGCUGCAAGCUGCUCAAAUCUCGGCAGACACCUGAGGGUGAGUUCCUUCCCCUUGACCAACUUGAACUGGAUGUAGGUUUUAGUACAGGGGCAGAUCAACUUUUUCUUGUGUCCCCCCUCACAAUUUGCCACGUGAUUGAUGCCAAAAGCCCCUUUUAUGACCUAUCCCAGCGAAGCAUGCAAACUGAACAGUUCGAGAUUGUCGUCAUCCUAGAAGGCAUUGUGGAAACAACCGGGAUGACUUGUCAAGCUCGAACAUCAUAUACAGAAGAUGAAGUUCUUUGGGGCCAUCGCUUUUUUCCCGUAAUUUCCUUAGAAGAAGGAUUUUUUAAAGUUGAUUACUCCCAGUUCCAUGCCACAUUUGAAGUCCCCACCCCACCUUACAGUGUGAAAGAACAGGAAGAAAUGCUCCUCAUGUCAUCCCCUUUAAUAGCACCAGCCAUAACUAACAGCAAAGAAAGACAUAAUUCUGUGGAGUGCUUAGAUGGAUUAGAUGACAUUAGUACAAAACUUCCAUCAAAGCUGCAGAAAAUUACUGGAAGAGAAGACUUUCCUAAAAAACUCUUGAGAAUGAGUUCUACAACUUCAGAAAAAGCCUACAGCUUGGGAGAUUUGCCUAUGAAACUUCAACGAAUAAGUUCAGUUCCUGGGAACUCAGAAGAAAAACUGGUAUCUAAAACUGCCAAGAUGUUAUCUGAUCCCAUGAGUCAGUCUGUGGCUGAUUUGCCACCAAAGCUUCAAAAGAUGGCUGGAGGAGCGGCUAGGAUGGAACAAAACCUUCCAGCCAAAUUAAGAAAAAUGAACUCUGAUCGUUUUACAUAACAAAGCACCCCCUUAGGCAUUAUUUAGUGUUUGACUUAGUAGUAGUCCAAUAUUUGGCUGAUGAGGUAUUCCUCCCUAAGGAAUCUGAAAGGUACAUUCCCCUCCCCACCCAUAGUUCUAUAAGCAUAUUUGAGAAUCCUUUGUUCUCAAGUGUUGCUACUGUGCAGAAAGGAAAGCUAUGAAGGGAGGAUAAAGAAGUUAUUAAUGGGCAUGUAUUAUCACAUCAAGCAUGCAAUAAUGUGCAAAUUUUGCAUUUAGUUUUAUGGCAUGAUUUAUAUAUGGCAUAUUUAUAUUGUAUAUUCUGGAAAAAAAAAUAUAUAUUUAAAGAGGGGGUACUCUCCCCAACAUUUCUAACAUACGUAUUAAGCCAAACAUGAGUGGAUAGCUUUCAGGGCGAUAAACCUAUACACACACAAACACACAUACAUACAUAUAUAUACACACAUACACACACACAUACACACAUACAUAUAUAUAUCUGAUAAAAUUGUGAUGUUUUGUUUAAAGUUGUAGUUCUUGUGCAUGUUUACUUUAUUAGACUAGGAAGGCUACUGGCAUUAAUUAUUAAUACCAAAUAUUUUAGCCUUAAAUUAUUUGUCAUUUUAAAAUCUGAUUUAAUGUUUUCUGCUGUUUAAGGUCCUGGAUGGUUUUCAACUGUGCUUUAUCUGAGAGAGUCACAUAAGUUUGUGCCACUUAUGGCCCUAUGAAAAUAGAGGCGUUAUAUAUUGAACUUGUAGAUUGUAGGGCAUACCAGUAUGUGGUACAUAAUUGAAAAUUUCUUAUGAUUUUUAUAAGUUGCUAGUUCUGGGAGGAGAUAAAUCUUGACUAAUUUGAGAAUUUAUUCUUUCCUGGAAUAAUUAAAAUCUAGAAAUAUGUUUUGUAUGCACUCUAAUACAAAUAUGAGCUCGAAACAAAUGCUGAAUUAGUGUAAUAGUCAGUAACCAAGUUGUAUUAACUAUAUCAGAAUCUAUGUAAAACUAGUAUAAUUAAUGAUCCUUGUUUCAAAACUGAGUCAACUGGAAACAUUUCACUCUUUUUUUGGGAAAUUUUAUUUGUUUUAAAAGACCAAUAAUUUAUCUUUAAGGAGACAAAACAAUGCAAUGAAACAGAUGAUAAAUAUUUAUGCUUAAAAUAAUUUGUAUGUCUAAGUGAGUGUCUUUUUAAUGCUGUUUGUUGUUUCUGGCAUUUGUUGUAAUAGAAUAGACUUUUUUUCCACCUGAAAAACCUAUCCCAUGCCUAUCAUUCAUAGUUCAGAAGGAAUGUUUUGUACAGACCAGAGAGAAAUUAAAAAUAGAUGAAUCAAAGAUAUAUUAAACAUACUUUAUUUUUGCUGAACACUAAUUUUAUUGGUGUCUUGGAUCCUUGGCCUACCCAAAUAAAUUUGAUCAGUGCUGUUUUUUUAAUCCCAGUGUCUACUAUGUAUGAUUCAUUAGUGGAAAUCAAAGCUAUUGAUCAUUACUAUACCUUAUAAAAAUAAAGAUUUGGAAUGCAGAGAUUUUUUAAAAAAAUUUAGAAGUGCUCUUUAUCAGAAAAUCAUGAGUUUUCUUAUAGAACUUUCAUGGGCAUUAAAGUCUAAGACUGCCCAGAAUUAAUCCAUUUCCCAUGAAUACUAGGUCAUUAAUGACUGAUUUGGGCUCUCAUUACACAUUUUUUUAAAACAAAACUGUGGUGAUAUUAUUAGACAUUAUUGCAUCAACUAUUGUAUCAUUAACUAUAAUAAUAUCUUUUGGCUACCUCUGUAUCAGCCAAAUUUUGUAGGUGCAAACACAUACCAGGGAAUUGUUACUGACGAAAUGAUCAACCUUGAGCAUUCAUCCACUGUGAAUAGAGUGAGUUGCCCUAUCCCUUGACCACCAAAUUUUCUUAUUUGCUGGAUAUAGAAAAUUAAAUAGUAGUAGAGAGAGAAGGGGGUCCAGAGAGUGUGUUGUAUUCAUUAGAAGUGGAAACAAUUGCAUAUGUCGUUUAGUCCAACAUCUUAGAACUAAAUAGAGCCAUACUUUACUUUGGAGAGUCAUUUGAAUUUGUAUUUGGUACCAAUAAGAUGGGACCAAGCACAAACUCUCUGAAUGUAUUCAUUUAUCCAAGAGAAUAUUUGCAUGCCUUGUCUAUCCUAGACAUUUUUAGUUUCUUGGGAUAUGGACAUGACUAAGCUGGAGAAGGUCACUGGUUACCAUGAGAAGUAUAUACCAGCAGGAGAGGGGGAAAAACCCAAACAACAAAUGAGAUAGUUUGACCAUGAAACAAGUAAGACAACAAAAUCAGGGUAAUAUGAUGGAAAAUGAGUGUGAGACUAAAAACUAAUUAUUUUAAUUUUAGAAGAAGGCUUGGCUUAGAAAGAAGGUAGUUAUCUGAACAGACACAAAUGAUAAAGAGCUACUUGUACCAAAAUUAAUUGAACUGAGUAAAUGGUAUUUUAUCUUUUCCAUAUGUGUGUGGGAAAGGUAUAAUUUCUGCAUUUAAUUGCAGAUUAAUCCCUAUUUCUAGGUUGAUUUUAAGUCCCAGUUUACCUAGGAUAAUUUCAGUUUAUACUUGUUGUGCCUGAUCAAUUGGUAAACCAUCCUUUCACUCUUAUAAUGUCCUGAUUUGGAUGAUAUAUGG